AUGAAAGGGAAGUCGAUUCUAAAGAUCAAGCCAUGGCCGAAGAUCAACCAUCCGCUCCCCCAGACCCCGCGAGAAUCUCAACAGUUGCUUUCGGCCCUGACUUCGUCUUUCCGCCGACAACUCGAUGCAGCAGACACGCAUCAGCCGGUGCAUUCCGCAAAUGAACAUAUGCAAACAAUUUUGAGCAAUCCUCUCUUUCGGGUUGUGCCACCCAAGCCGACAUAUCCCCAACUAGCCUCAGACACCAAAUCUCGGCUAGAAAAGAGAAUAGCAGAAGAGCCCAUGAUAGUUUUCGACGAGCUGGUAGCAGCAGGGUCCAUUACUGGCAAGAAUAUUGGAGAUUGCUUGCAAGCACAGUUGAUCCUGAUUGGAUCGCGGUCGGUAGAUGUCACCCACGAAAUGAAACAGACAGGCGCUGGAAUGAAGAUAAUGAACUGGUUUUGGGCUUCUGACCCAGCAUCUCGAACUCAUCUUUUCAGGUCUCGACGGACGUGGAGUGCUGCCCUGAAAUUCAUGACAGCCGAAGGCCUGCACAGCAAGAUCGCGGUAUUACAGCGAAUGUUGAGCGAAUUGCGGUUAGGUGGAGACAGCGGCCAGAUUCCUGAAGACGCUGGAAGGCGGAUUUUCAGUGUCUUUCUACAGGACUACAUCGCGGCUGAUAUCCAGUACGGGCGAGGGAUCGGGGGCGCUUUAGCUACCUUCACAAAUUCCGUUGAAAUGGUUUCUUCCAUGUCGGACGACACACGAAAUGUCAUGCUCACGAAAAGUGCAGAGUACCUGGGUCGACUUAUCGUUGACUACGGAAGAAGCAACCGACUCGAUACCGUACCUGUACCCGCUUUCGAGCGUUUCUGUGACAUGUUGAAGACUGUGCCCUGGACGGCAUUGGGGAGUCCCGCCUUGCAAUUGUAUCACCCUUCACAUCCAACUGCUACACCCUUUAUGGAUUAUAUACGCGACCACCCCGAACUUCCGCAAAAUUCGCCCGCAGAAAGGAACCAGGAAUACAUCCUCCGCGUACACUUGGAUGCCAUGCGGCUCUUACUGGACCAGAAUAACCACAUAGACGCUUUGCGGCUCGCCCCUCGUAUCAAGGAGAUGCUGUCUGAAGAUCGAGUUGAAAUACACAAAUCUCACAAUGUUCACUCUCAGAUCAGCAAGCUCAUGGACCGUCUCGAUCUCGCCAUCGCCUGA